AUUCUCACAGCGUCUCGCUGGGAAGCACACGUCAGCUUAGCCAUGGCGUACCUUAAGCCAAGCAUUGCGAGUCGGCGCCAUCAUGUGCCUCCUUGCUGGCAUGCCCAUGCAGUAGCUAGACCGUACAGCUCAUUUGCUGAUGCAAUAUAUUCACUUCAUACUUCGCACUCUUACCAACACACCGUUCGUAUCUCUGGCCCUGGAGGUCUUCUAUUCUUUAAACUCCAUUACAGGGCAGGUACCUAUCAUAUCUUACCUAAUAAACAUGCCUUCGAGAUUGUCAGAACAGUGCCCCGUCUCCGGUAUGGCUGGUGGUGCAUGCCCAGCAGGUUCGACUAUAGGUAGCAGGAUGGGUAGUCGAACAGGGCCACGUGGAUGCACAAUGUCCGGGUUUUCUCAACCGGGAGAUGUACAUGCUGCAUUCGGGAUACCUCAGCAUGAGAACGUAGAAGAGUUCCUGCGGGAGAGGGAGCGGAAGGCGAUAAACGAGUUGAUCUAUUCAAACGUGCCUUCAAUGGCCGCCAUCAAAGAGAUACAAAAUGCCCGGGGAGUCAAGAGCCUUGAUAGCCUUAACAUGGACGAUCGAGAUUUACUAGCAGUUGCCCUUGGUGCGCCAGCUCGUCAAGUCAUACUCCGCGCAGAAGAGGUUGGUCCUGCAACAGGAUGGCGCGACGGAUACAUCAGCACAGAGUAUGGCUUCCAACCGCCAGACACAAAUGCAGCUACUGGCGCCCUACGAAAUUCGCCAGGGCGGAUCUGGAUGGAUCUCUGUGAGAGGAUGCCCGGAUGCAUUGCACGUGGUCGUGUACGCGAAUCCGUUGCAGCGCUUCCAAUUGUUGAAGGCACUGCCGAUGUCAUCCCCGACAAAGCUCUCUGGGCUGCUCUCGUGGCUCUCGGAAUGCUGUGUUCGAUAUAUCGAUAUGAAGAGCGACAUGACGGCAACGAGGGCAUUAAUGUAGCAGCCAAGCCGCUCAAGCUAAGGAACGUCCCGAUGUGCAAUGAUCUCGGCGACGAGGUCCAGAACAUCCCACAAAGUAUUGGUCUUGCUUACGUGCAGAUCUCAAUCCGAAUGGGCAGGUCAAUACCACAUCUUACAUUCUUCGAUCAGUCAUCGUACAACGUCGACUACAUUGACCCGCAAUCAAAAUACCCUUACGUUGGACGAUUCGACAAUACCAAACUACGAUGGGGCAUGUUCGGCGACAGCGCUGAGAACGCUUUCCUCAAAGGCUGCGCAGACACAUCGGCUAGCUUCCAACAUGGUCCUGACGCCAUUGCUGCCUGCCAGGAACACGUCAUGAACCGGAACAAUGAGGGACUCCUACGUGAGCUCAUCAGACUCAAGGAGAUCUUAGAACGCAUGCCCACCGCCUUCAACACCAUCUCACCCAAUGACAGGUCUGGCGAGAAUUAUGUAUCUCCAGCAGAGUGGGUUCGCUGGGCCAAAUUCUCAGCACCACUGUCCAAACGUUGUCCGGCCACCUCUGGUCUUCAAUUCCCUCCCUACCUAGUGAUGGAUGCCUUCCUGGGCCGCAAAAAGUAUGACAGCUUCCUCGGAGCUGAAGGGGUACAUCUUCGCGCGUGGUUACCUUCGAACUUACGAGCAUUCAUUGCUUCGAUCGAAUACCAUUAUCAGAUACCCGAAUACGUCAAAGCCUCUGGCGAUGCUAGACUAAUUGGCGUCCUCGAUGGAGUGGUCGAGGCUUAUACAGGUGAGCGCGGGUUUAUGGGUGCGCAUCGAUAUAAGGUCUUCGGGCUUCUCGAGUGUGCUGGUAAGUCAGGUCGAACGGAGACCAAUGGAGCCUCCGGAGCAUCGGACGCGUCUCGGCCCUGGGAGCAGACACACCAAGAAUUCUCCGAAGCUAUGAAAGAACGACUUGAACCAUUUCGGGGUCAGCGCGACAUCGAACCCCAUGAGAUGCGUGGUACCUUUGAAGAAUGUCGCUAUCGAGGGCGCAUACUAAGCAGAAACUACGUUGACGCAGACCCUAAGCGCUCCAUCGCCAUGGUCACUUUGGACAUCCAGGACACUGGCAUCACGUUCCAGCCUGGUGACCGGCUUGCUAUCAUGCCCAUGAAUAGCUGGACUGAGUGUGCAAAAGUGGCUGCUUCAUUGGGUCUUGAGCACAUGCUCGAGGAUUCUGUGACGCUCGAUCGCACUUGGACACGAUAUGCGGAUCACAUCGGAUCCGUCACACGUUCUACUCGACCCCGGCUGAAUGUAAUCGACAUACUGCGCAAGGGCCAUUUGGCACCCAUCACGAAAGAACUCGCUACCAAGCUACAUACUAUGCUGCGCGCGUCGUCACACACUGUAUUGCAGGUACUCGCCACCGACGAGUGGCCUGUUCGAGCAUCGCUUGGCGACCUCCUUCAGGCUGCUGUCAAAGAUACCUCAUCGCGAGUAUGGGAUCAGGCAUUUGAUCUUUCCGGAAACCUCUCCUGGCUAGCUGACCUGGUGUCUGUCGAGGUCCCAAGAACCUAUAGUAUCUCAAACUUCUCGGACGAGUUGCUGCCCAGCACUGUCGACUUGACCAUCUCCCGCUCAGACUACGAACUCUGCUCCACGCUUGCGGGUGCAAAUAAGAUCAUUCGUCAUGGUGUAAGCAGUGGCUUCCUCAAUCCGCCAGUCGCUGAGGAAAUGGACGUACUUGAUGAUGAGGAGCUUCUCAUCGGCGUUUCGAGACUUUUCUCCUUUCAACUACCACACGAUGAUACCUCUCCAGUAGCUAUGUUCGCUGGAGGUAGCGGUAUCGCUCCCAUGCGUAGCUUCUGGCAGGCACGUUGUGGACAGACAUGGGGCAAAACUGUACUGUAUCUAGGAGUGCAGUCUCGACAGAAAUUUUGCUAUGAGGCAGAGCUACGUCAGUAUGUCAAUGAAGGUCUGCUCGAAGUGCACACAGCAUUCUCGAGGGACUCGAACGGUCUUGUCUACGACGCCGCAUCAAACGAUCUUGUUGAGAAGGAGAUCGCACCUCGUUACAUCGAUGGUCUGAUCGUGGAGCAGGGUCAGUCUAUCUGCGACCUCGUUAUGUCAAAGAAGCAAGGCGGUAUCGGUGGCUACCUCUACGUCUGUGGCUCCGUAGGAGUCUUCGACUCGGUCAUGUCCGGUAUCCGGAAGGCUCUCUACAACCACCGCUCACCCACAAUGGAAACCGCCGAGACAAUACUAGACACCGCUUUUGCCGAGCGCCGGUUCAUGCUUGACGUGUUCAUGACACCCAAGCCCUUGCCGUGCAACCAGCCGACCAUACCGCUUUCCCAACUCGCUCUCCACACCGGUCAUACCAAAGACUCGCGUGUCUGGAUUGGAGUGCAUGGUAAAGUAUAUGACGUCACUGACUUCACUGCCAUGCACCCUGGAGGCACCAACAUCAUCAAGUCCAACGGCGGCGUCGACUGUUCCAAAUCUUUCGAUCUACUGGCGCACACCAACAAUCCGGAGGUCUCUUCGCUACUGACUAAGUACUACAUCGGCGAGCUUACACCAAAACCCGCCUACCACGCGGAGGAGCUGGGCAUGCUCUACGACCUCUGGAACGCGUAUCUGCGCAUUGCAACUGAACAAGUUGUCGCUUCGCAUUUCGAAGUCGGCAUGAUAAUGGAGUCGUCUCUGGUCUGGUUCCAGGGCGAUCUUUUCAACAUGGGUGGUGUUCGCAGAUUCUAUCACUAUCAAUCUCGCUUGCUCCAGGGAGGCUUCUCUACACUCUUCGGUGCGAAGCUGCAAGAGCUGUACCUGAAACUAUCCUUCACAUUGGCCAACAACACUUCAGCAAGUACGAAGCUGUCGGACGUUCUUGGUGUGAUCGCACGCGCCAAGAGCUCUGCCGAGGCGGUGUCCGCUUCUAACGAGAUCUCUCAGAUAGGGCAAUUCACCUGCAACAGCGAGUCUGCUCGUCAUCACGAAAAGGGCAUCAUCAACUAUGCUCAACGCUCGGUCCAAAGUGACAUGGAGUUUCUUGAAGCCAUUCGAGAAGAGGCGUGCAUUGGCAUGGACGCUUUCGACAGCAUUAUAGAGCUGGACGCUGCUUCUGACUCUGAUCGAGUUUUUGCUCUGUCAACAUUCCUCAUGCAGGUCCUGGAGAGGAUGGCAAAUCGCCUGGAAGGGUUCUAUGCCAAGCUCGCUCGUUAUUCUGUAUUCCAAGCAGAGGCGGAGAGAAACCCGGCGCGCGCACGGUGGAACAUCCUUAAGCGCAAGAUCUGGGACGGCUCCUUCUUCGUUCUGACUCGCGAAGCUUCCAUGCAAUUUGUCCCCUCAUAUCGCAUGGAUGGAGUGGAUUUCGACCGGGUCAUCUCGCAAAUCGAAAUGAACUUGAGUAGUGCAUCAUUGACAGCGCCACGCAACUUAAGCCUCAACGAACAGCACGCUGCUCGAGCAAUGGACACAGCGAGCGGUGCGCCUGCAUACGAACAACAUACACAAACCAACGCACUCAAGGCGAUGUCGGCAUUCAUGACCAGCAACAAGAAAGCCAUCCGCCGUCUCAGCAAGAUGCCCACCACUAUGGAUCUGCAGCAGUUGAUGCAAGCCUACGGAUCGCUACCCGAGCACCGACAGACGCCACCAACUCCCCCCCUGAGCCGCACUUCCAGUAGAUCUCCGUCAACGUCGUCGUCUACAAGACUAUCGUUGAGCCGCAGCCGCAGCCGGACAAUCGACGGACCUCAGUUGCUCUCGCGUCGUAACACUGCUACAUCCGACUCGGCUCGUUCGUCUGCAAGCAACCCAACCCACGUGUCCCCAGCUGCGGCCAUGUCAGCUUUGAUGACGAAAAUGAACUCUCGGACCAAGUCCGCCGCUUCACCCAUGGAUAGAGCGCCUGAUCUUGCUGAGCGCGACCGGGUGCGAUCAUUGCAUUCGUUCAGCUUCCAGAAACCUGCUGCGCCAGGAUCGGUGACUAGCGGUAUGAAUUCACCGAGUGCAAGCGCUAUUGAUGGUGUGCAUGGAAGGUCGCGAAGUACGACGGGUAAUCUUAGGGCGUUCAGGUUGCAGGCGAGUGCGAUGGCGGGCGGGAUGAACAGGAGAAGCGAUGGCCCACGCACGUAGUCAAUUGCAAUAAACCGAAUCCAUUCGAGUUCAAUAAAUACGACAUUCAUUCGAAUUGGAAUUUGCACUCAUCGAGCUCGAUUAUUUCUUCGAAUGUCCUCAAUGUUCACAGAAACUGUACGUGUGCUGUUGCCACGAUUCCUCUGCAUCCUCAGCAUGUGCACUCCGCUCUUUCAUCAAGUUCAGACGGUGCUCCUUUGCUUCUUCCAAGCUCAUCGGCAGAUCGUCGCUCGAGACGUGUUCUCGAACCAUGGCUAAGAGCUCUUCCGGAAG